CUCUCAGUGCCCCUCCAGGCUGCCUGGUGCACUUUCGUCAUCGUCGUGCUUGUUUUUCCCGUUCUCGAAACCAAACGACGCUUUUUGUCCUGCAAACCCGCCUUGAGCCGAGCCUUGCUGAUUACCGAAACCUGAAGAUCGGCCUUGGGCGCCAGUGGCCUAUCGGUGACGACGACCUUACCCGCCCUUUCGACGUUACGAGAAACCGCCAUGGCAUCGAAACCUCAGGCCUAACGUUUACCGGGCCUCGUCUCGACUGCUUGAGCAACGAGAAAGCUAGUUGUUCAUGGACUAAGCUUGCCACACUGUGGGCCGCGAGCUUACCGCUUACUUGUAUCGCCGGCCGACCGCCUACGCUCUGUCUAUCGUCCCACGACCCAGCACAACACCGGGCUGAAGACGAACUCAGGCCUAACUUCUGCCUGUUGUCUGCUGUCCUUCGAUAAUAUAUUAUUAUGGCUAGCAACGUCUCGAGGCUCACAUCCGACUCUCCGGCCUCGGGGUCUGUGAGCUCUCCCCUCCGGACCCGUCGCGAUUCCAUAAACUCGAUAUCCGUCAGCUCCAUCACCGACAAGGAGCAGCUCGCCCAUACCCUCGACAAGAUACACACCUCAGCGAGCCAGUGCGACUCUCUCACAACAUUCAACGACUUCGCCCCUGCCCCGGGUGCUGCGCCUGCCUCCGAGAGCAGAGGAGCUGCUGGCGACCUGGUACACCAGGGUCUUAGCGGCCUAUACAGUCGACUCAGAGAGGCGGUUGGAGCGGGGAGUUCAUCCAAGACAAUACCGGAGGAGAAUGCGGCAGAGAAACAAGAAGCCUCUUCAAAAAGAACAUCAUUCAGUGGUCAUGCCUCCAAGGCUUCAAUAAGCUCGCUUAGUCGUGUCGACACCGUCAGUACAUUGUCCACCAUUACAUCACAACCACCUCUCACAACCGAUGUCGCCCCGCCCAUUGUCUCGGCCGGAGCCGCCGAUGGUCGACAACAGCAACCUCAGACAUCCAAAGCCACAGGAAUCAGUUUGAUGACUGGAGGCAAGUCAAACCAGGCGCCCAAAGCCCCUAGCUCCAUCGCUGCCGACCCCACCAUCGCCCCCGUUACUGUACAUCGGGAUGCCAGUCGUAGCACAAUACGCACCGAGGAUAGCACUGGCCAAGGAUCUAGUCGAAAGAGCAUCACUCGCGCAGAUCUUCAGGCACACCUUGCGACAACCGACCCUUCGGUUAAUCUGUACGACUUGAAAGAAGGAAAAUUGCCACCCCGGUCCAAGCGAGAGGAUACUUCUAGCAUCGAGGGAAGUAUUGACACUCCAUCUAGCCCGCUCAAGGGCCCUUCUCGCGCAGUCACAUCUCUGCAAACUCGUGGAAUUCGCAGCAACUCCGGAGCAUCCUCCCUCCUCUCCCCUGAUAGUAUUCGACGAAGACCCACUGUCAUAGAUCGAAUUAGUCGAUCAAGAUCACCUGGCGUCCCGGGAUCUAGAGACUCGUCCCUGGACCGCGGAACUGCCGAGGCGAGUCCAGUCAACACCUCUGCCCACAACUCCGUAUGCCAUGAGUCGUUCUCUCAAGAUCCACAACCGCAGACGAUGGCAUCCGGGAGUCUCAGGAUACCAGGAACAGUUAUGGGCAACGACGACGCAUCCGAGCAGGUCAACGCACAGCUUGACAGGAUGCGCAAGCAAGUUCUGAACAAGGAGUUCUGGAUGAAGGAUGAUACUGUCAAAGAGUGCUUCCUCUGCCAGGCUCCCUUUUCAGCAUUUCGCAGAAAGCAUCACUGUCGUACGUGUGGUUGCAUUUUUGACUCCAAGUGCACGACUGUGAUUUCCGGGGAAAAGUUUGGUGUGCAGGGCUCCCUCCGUGUUUGCAAAAGAUGUCUUGAGGUGAUUAGCAGACGCUUUGAUGGAAGUGCUUCCGAGGACUCUGGAGAUGAGCAGUCAUUCAUGCCGAGAUUCUUCGGGGGAAAUCACGGAAAGAGCCCUAGCAAUGCUAGUCAGUCAAGGCUUAGGGAGCAAGAAUCUGGGCUAGGGUCUGAAGGCUCAGAGGACUCUCGACCUGUAUCAACACCAAUGAUGGCUAUAGCUGCAACACGACGUGUUGGGGAGAGUCGUACGGCGGCCGUACUUGAGAUCGACGCACCUCAGUUGAGCAGACCUGGCUCAUCCCGAUCUCUCAAGUCCUUGAGCGGGCGACCGCACUCUUCAGCGGGACACAAACGGCAUCACUCAAAACAUGGCCUUCUGGGACGAUUCAAGCCUGCCCAAGAGGAACGAGCGCCUUUUCGACGGGGAAUUGAUGCAGAGAAUGCCAAAAAGCCAAAAUUCCCAGCUUUCCACGACGAUAACAUCAUUGACCCUGAGUUGGCCGAUUACAUGUCAGACGAAUCGAGCGAGGAUGAGCAGAUGAGCAUCUUUGCCACCAUGUCUCAGGGUGAUCUACAACCUGCGAGCUUUGACAAUGACAAAUCCGAAUUUGCGCCAUUCAUGAACGCUGGAAGGAAGUAUCGCCAUAGGGGAGGCGAAAAGAGCAUCAGCGGCGUGAGCUUCGUGAGCAGAGGAGGCUAUGAUGAGUUGAGCGGACCGCCGGGUCUAGCUGGGCAUCGACGAGCACCCAGGCGGCGCAAUACCAGCAAUGUUAGUGGCAGUAUGCACCACCUGGCGUCCCCACGGCCCAAGUCUGGUGUUUACAAAGGAUUCUCGACAUCUUCUGAAAUGCUCUUCUCCAUGGACACGCCAAACCAAAGCGCGUCGCAGGUUACCAGGAGUGAUUCAUUGCAGCAUAAAAAGGCACCAAAGGCUGAGCUCAAUGCAUCUAGUUUGAGGCACGUCGACAAGCUCCUGCACCAACUCCUUGAGGAUGCCGAAGUCCCGAAUCCUCCAGCAUGGCAGAAAGCGCUUGUACCCAUUCUGUUGCGCUCAACCGAUGAUGUAGACCCCGAUGUUGCCAAAGGAGAAGACAUGGACAUCAGGCACUAUGUCAAACUGAAAAGGAUACCGGGUGGUAAACCUGGCGACACAUCCUACAUCUCAGGAGUUGUGUUUACAAAGAACUUGGCAUUGAAGAGCAUGCCGCGUCGGAUCGCAAACCCACGAAUUGUGCUCGUUACGUUCCCCAUCGAGUAUCAACGACAUCAACAACAUUUCAUGAGCUUGCAACCCGUCAUUGAACAGGAGAAGGAGUUUCUUCGAGUUGUUGUCCAAAGGAUAACGAACCUUCGCCCUCAAGUACUGCUCGCCGAGAAAAGCGUCUCAGGUGUAGCACUCCAGUACCUCUCCGAAGCGAACAUCUCUGUGGCCUACAAUGUUAAGCACACGGUCAUUGAGGCAGUCGCUCGGUGCGCGGAGACCGAAAUUAUAUCCUCGUUGGAUAUGCUCGCCUUGCCCGUCCAAGUGGGCCGAUGCACUGCCUUCGAGGUCAGGACCUUUGUCAACAACGAUUACCCUGGCAGGAAGAAGUCGUACAUCUUCCUAUCUGGCUGCACACCGGAGUUGGGCUGUACCAUCACUAUGCGAGGCGCGAAUAACAUGGUACUCGCAAAGAUCAAGCACAUCAUGGAGUUCAUGGUUUACGUCGUCUACAACCUGAAACUAGAGUCUAGCCUCCUCAGGGACGAGUCUAUCGAGGCCCCCGAAGGCGGCGAUUCUAUGACCAGUUCGCUCAAUGCUUUGAACGAUAGUAUCAGGUCUCUGAGCGUCGCCAGCGUCGAAGUUUCCAAAGAUGCGCCUGCCGUGGUAAUAAACCAAGCCCCCGGCGAGAGUGAACCGCCGUCCCAGACCACUGUGGAUAGCUCCAGUGUUGCCGAGACAGAUGACGUUGCGUCGUUAUCCCAGCCUGAGCAGCCUGUUCAGGAACGUCCAAAGGUGGUUUCCCUUCAUGAGAGUCAUACCCAUGCUGCACAAGAUCAAGACAGCCAAGUUCCUGACGAUAUUCCGAUGCCGACUUUCUACAGCGAUAUGGUGUCUAAAUAUGAAACAAAGAUUCUUUCAGCGUCCCCAUAUGUCAAGUUUACGCAACCAUAUCUUUUGAUGAAGGCACGCGAGCAAGAAAGACGACUCCUAUACCUACGUCGACUACGCGAUCACGAUUUAGUCGAAGAAAAGGAGGAUCCGGAGAAGGCAGGACCACAACUCUUCCAGCUCAUCAAACCGGAAAUGGUCGAUGAGAUCGGCCAGAAAGCUCCGAGACAGAUCAUGGAGAUUCUGCAUGCCGUCCACGAUGCCGAGUACGACAAGGCACUCUACAACUACCAAACCCAGACGCGCCAGUGGGAGACCUACAUCCAAGGAAACAUCGAUCUUUUCGACCCAUAUUCGCAUCAGAAUAUCGUGGUUCUGUACUCGGUCAUCUGUACAGAAACGAAGAUCCCCUGCACUGAGCCGUCAUUGGUUGCCAUCAACUUUUAUGACGAACAGCAUAUUGAUACUGGCAUGGACCCCGAUUGCACGUUGGGACAGUACAUUGUGGAUCUAGCAUACACGAUGGAUCACGUCUGCAACUCCAAUGGUUGUGAGCGCAAGAUGGUUGAACACCACCGAACCUACGUUCAUGACCAGUCUCGAAUCACAGUCUUUGUUGAGCAUGUACCAGCUACUACCCCUAAACGAUCCGAGCUUAGCGAAGGCAUUACGAUGUGGACAUACUGCAAGACCUGUAAGAAGGACACGGAAGAGACAGCUAUGUCGGAGACCACGUUCAAGUACUCGUUCGGCAAGUACUUGGAACUGCUGUUGUGGGGUCACGGCCUGCGGAUGAAGGAUGCUCACCAUUGUUCUCACGACCACCAUCGCGAUCAUGUUCGAUACUUCAGCCUUGAACACGCGCGAAUUCGAAUUCACUGGGACCCCAUCGAUCUCUUGGAGAUCGUUGUCCCCCGAGCCAGAAUAACCUGGAAGGUUGCUAACGACUUGAAGCUCAAAAACGAAAUCUUCAGCAAGAUGGAGGAACGUUGGCAAAAUUUUAUGUCAUCUGUCAACACCAGGCUUCUGAGUAUCCGGAUCGACAGUGUUCUUCCCGAAAAGGCGGAUCUCUGCAAGGCAGAAGUGGACCACUUGAUCGCAAAGGCAAGCGAGGACGAACCUGCCAUGGUUCAAAGGCUGCAAGACAUCUACAUGAAUUCCAAGUACUACGAAGUGGUGCCUUUCAACAGUAUCGUACGGGAGAUGCUCGAGAAGGCUGGUGAAUGGGACCAAGCCUUUACCAAGUUUGAGGCAGACUUCCUUGGCGACAAAGAUAUGCGCCAGCUGACAAUAAUGCAACUCAAGAAAAUGUUCACAGACAAUGAGUCAAAGGAAUCACUUGCGUCGAACGAAGGGACACCGUCAACUGCCGACAGCGAAGAGCGACCUUCGCAGACAUUCACAGAGGCGGAGGAAAAGAGCACUCAACCUACCGAUUACACGGACAAUAGCAUGGAGGGUAGUAUGACUUCAGCUCAACCCGGUCACGAGAAAGACUCGGCUAGUGAUGAUAGAAAGGCCGAAAGCCCACCCGAGAGUGCUAUCGAGAGGGUGGAGCAUCUUGAUCUGGUGCUUCCCGCUGCCGAAAUUCCUCAUGCUGCGGAGCAGCCUCAGCCAGACGAGAAGAGCCAAGCACCAAGCUCUGUGCCCUCUCAAGAUGCGCUCCCGGUAGAUCCACCGCUGUUGCCAACCACGGUUGACGAAUGUUCGAGCGAGGCUCAGUUGGACAAUGCCGCCUUGGCUGAGGCUACGGACGAAGUUGCUCCUUUGCCUUCGGCUUCCUUGCCAACCUCUGGUCAAACCUUGACUGAGAAGGUUGAUCAGAUGCGUCGCGAACAGGGUAUUCGGCCAACUCAUUCUAACGAAUCUGCUGGACCAUCAAGUCCUGUGACUGAGCGUGCACCAUCCCGAAAAUCCGGCCAGACCGUGUCGCCACCGAUGGUGCGAGCCAUCUCCCAUCCUAUUCGGCAGCUGCCUAGAAGUCAGUCUGGGAUUGGAAAGUCAUUUGGGCUUAAGGAAUCAAAGACAAAUCCCCUGGAAUGCACAAGCCCCGAACCAGUUGUCGAAGGCUCGAUCAGAGGGGAUAAGAAACUCUCCGAUCGAUUAAGCCUGAGCGGCCUCAAGAACCGUGGGAAGGCAACCACAUCAGGCAUCCCUCGGUUCAUACACAAGAAAAGAGAAUCAAAGGUUUCAACCCUGGCAAGGCACUUCGAACAACUCAGUCGUGAGUUUGAAAAGGAGCGCAUUCGGGAUCGCAAGAAGCGUGCUGCCAGCAUGCGUGCACCCCGAGCGAUGUUGCCGAGAACCACGACCAAGGCCAUUGUGGAGGUGUAUGAUGAUGUGAACGAGGCGUUUGAAGAGCCUUCGCCGCCGACUGACAGUGUUGCGGAUCGCGAUGGCAAGCAACGUUCAGCGAGCAUAACGUCUCGACAGUCUGAGGUAGCGCCGAGGACUGAGCCUCCAACCGAACCCCCGACCCCUGUGGAGCAAACCUUCCCGCAGGACCAGCAUCAACCGAAGGAAGACAACGAUGAGGCUACCACUGCCAACACUAGCCAGGGAUUCUGGGACGAUGAGGGGGGAGUAAGCGAUCAAGAGCAUUCUGUUCCAGAUGAGUAUCUGCCCGAUAUCAAGGAGAUCGCCGACUCGCUUGAGCCAAGCACCGACAUUCCACUCGAGCUCCCUAAGCACCAGAGGACAAGUCUGAUGAAGUACCUCACAACCUUCUGGGCUGAACGCUCAGCGAGUGGCUGGACACCACUGGACUAUCCCGUCAAUCCAACUGACCACAUCUUUGUCGACUCUGACAUCAUUGUGAGAGAGGACGAGCCCAGCUCUGUGGUGGCCCUCGCCCUCAGCAGCGAAGAUUACCAAGGCAAACUUGCCAAUAUUCGGCGGGAUGCCCAAGAGAUGAUGCAGCGGGAAUCAGAAAGCGGUGGGGAUACCGACCCCAAAUCGUUCCCUACUUCAGACGGCGCGGACUGGAUGGUGUCGGAAAGUGAGCUGGAGAAGAGUUUGCUGCGGGUCACGGGCACACAUCUCAAGUACCAGUUCCGCGAGGGUUCAGCCACUAUGACGUGCAAGAUCUUCUAUGCUGAGCAGUUUGACGCUCUGAGGAGAAAGUGCGGCGUUGCGGAGCGUAUCAUUGAGUCCCUGUCUCGCUGCCUUAAGUGGGAUUCGAAAGGCGGCAAGACCAAGUCCGUCUUCUUGAAGACCCUCGAUGAUCGACUAGUGUUGAAGUCCCUGUCACCUAUCGAAACGUCGGCAUUCCUCCGAUUUGCACCGGGAUACUUCAACAUUAUGGCCGAGGCUCUGUUUCAUGAUCUGCCCUCGGUGAUUGCUAAGAUGCUUGGCUUCUUCCAGGUCUUCAUCAAGAACCCCGUUACUGGAACCGAUAUCAAGCUAGACUUGCUCGUGACGGAGAAUCUGUUCUACGACCGUUCGGCGUCAAGAAUCUUCGAUCUCAAGGGUUCAAUGCGCAACCGCAAGAUUCAGUCCACCGGAGAACAAAACGAGGUGCUUCUCGACGAGAACAUGGUUGAGUACAUUUACGAGUCCCCGUUGUUCGCGCGUGAACAUUCGAAGAAGCUCCUCAGGGCGUCGGUCUGGAACGAUACGCUGUUUCUGGCGAGGCAAAAUGUCAUGGACUACUCCCUCAUGAUUGCCGUGGACGAGGAGCGAAAGGAGUUGGUUGUUGGAAUCAUCGACUGCAUUCGAACUUAUACCUGGGACAAGAAACUGGAGAGUUGGAUCAAAGAUCGCGGGUUUGCGGGCGGAGGUCGCAACCGGCCGACUGUGACAAGUCCCAAGGAUUAUAAGUCGCGCUUCCGAGAGGCGAUGGCACGAUAUAUCCUGCAAGCGCCCAACUGCUGGCAUCUCUUCAACAACCCUCAAUACCCUCACUACGGCGGGCGUGCCAGGUUUGAAGAGCCUGAGAUGUAAAGAAUCAACUUCGAGAUGAAUAAUGGAAGGCACGGAUUUGCAACGGCCGAGACGCAUUGGUUUAUUAUUAAUGAUUGCUUUCUGAUAUUGGGGGCGUCUGCUUUUGUUCCGUCAAACACAUCAUUGCCACCAAGCGAGCAAGGUCUACCUAUCGCAUUCGUUAGAUGAGAGGAAUACGCAGUUAUUUGUGGAGGAUUUCGGAUCAAGAUAUACCAUUAGCUAGAUACCCUUAUGGAAACGACUUCUUAGAUGGUUUCGAUGAUA